AUGAAUGUUACUCCAACUCGGUUAAUUGGAAUAAGCUCUAAUAGUGCCAUAAAACUUGAACGAGUUUAUUCCAAGCCAUCAACAAAGUAUUAUUAUCCAGUAGGUGCUGAUGAGCCACAGUUACCAAAGAGAACUAUAGAACAAUUAAUGCAUAUUAAGGAAGAGCCUAUGUUACUUCCUAGGUAG